AUGAUGUGGGAUCUCAGCGGAGGUGCCAGCCCUCCUCAAUAUCCGCAGCAGCAGCAGUCCCGCGCCAUUUCUAUGCCCAGUCGUACGCUCCAGGGUGAAGUCUCUUUUCCCGCCCCUGCUCGCUCCUCGCUCAUGUGCGCGCUUACGUUCUUCAGCCCCGGCGGCUUCGCCGUCUCCGCCCCGCCUUUCGCCCAGCCAUUCAUGCCCAUCGGCGCUGCAGGCGACUUUGCACCCGGGUACGCCCCGAGCACGUACGCUCCCAGCAGCCACCGCUCAUUUGUGGACGGCGCGGGACCUUGGGCGUCGACAAGAUCCGACCACACUAGCAUGCCCCGUGGCCCGACGGUCGAGCGAGCAGUCCAUAUCCGCACGAGCCGUCGGCACUCGCACUCGCAAGUCGUGCAUGUGCACAGCAGCGGCCACUCUCCGAGGCCUCCGCAUGUCACCGUCACCCACGUCGCGCGACCGGCUCAGGUUCCGCAUGCGAGCAGCUCGUCGAAGCCGCACAAGAUUAGCCGGCCGCAGCAGCUGCAGCCUCUGUCGUCGUCGGGAGAGGGCCGCCACCACCUUUUCCAGUACUCCAAGUGCACAGGUCACAGAAAGGCGCUUUGUGCACGUCACAUCGGCAUCAACUACAAGGGCCAAGAGAACGAAUUGCUGGGGUGCGUCAACGACGCAAAGAACGUCCGGCGCUUCCUCUCCCACCGAGGGUACAAGAAGGAGGACAUCGUCAUCCUCACCGACGACUCCCCGAACCCGCGCGAGCAGCCCACGCGUGCGAACAUGCUCGACGCGAUGCGCUGGCUCGUGAAGGGCGCGUGCUGCAACGACUCCUUGUUUUUCCACUACUCGGGACACGGAUCCCAAGUACAAGAUCGUAACGGAGACGAGAUCGACGGAAUGGACGAAGGCGAGUGCGGGUUGAGUCUGAUCUUCCCGGUCGACUAUAAACAGGCCGGUCACAUAAGCGACGAUCUCUUGCACGCUGUCAUGGUGAAGAAGCUUCCGACAGGGUGUCGAUUGACUGCUCUUUUUGAUUCUUGCCAUUCGGGAUCCGUACUUGACCUCCCUUACCUGUACUCAACGGACGGUCGGACGAAGGGAAGUCAAGUGACGGCGAAGUGGUUCGACUACAAGUCAACGCCUGCGGACGUCAUCUCCUGGAGUGGGUGCAAGGACUCGCAGACGAGCGCUGAUACGUACGAGAACGGAGUGGCCACUGGGGCGAUGAGCCAUGCUUUCAUUUCCUCCAUGCGCGACAGCCCGAACCAGACCUAUCAGGAGCUCUUGCGCUCAGUCCGCGAAAUCCUGAAGAGGAAGUAUAGUCAACUGCCACAACUCUCUAGCUCCCACAGGAUCGAUACAAACCUGAAGUUCAUCUUCUGA